AUGGCCUAUCAAGGACCCGGGGGAAACGGCUACGGCGACCCUCACGCACCUCACCCCUACGAGGCUCGCCACGAUGAGGAGGAAGUCGGCCGGUCGCUCCUGCACUCCAAUCCCACGGGCGCCCACCAGGGUCCCUUCGACGACCACCACGGCGUCUACGGCCACGACCAGCGCCCCCAGAGCACCUACAGCUUGACCGAGACGUACGCCUCGGACGCCCCGCAGACACAGUACCCGUCGCAGUCGCAAACCGGCUCCGACGUCUACUCGGUGGACAACUAUGGCGCCGAACCCCACAGAGCCACCUCGCCCUAUGCGAGGAGCGAGACCAGCUCAACAGAGGCCUGGAGACAGCGCCAGCAGCCCGGCGGCGGCGUUGGCCUGAAGCGUGGAAUGACGCGUAAGGUCAAGCUUGUGCAGGGUUCCGUCCUCUCAGCCGACUACCCUGUGCCGAGUGCCAUCCAGAACGCCAUCCAGGCAAAGUAUCGCAAUGACCUCGAGAGCGGCAGCGAGGAGUUUACCCACAUGCGAUACACGGCCGCCACAUGCGACCCCAACGACUUCACCUUGAAGAACGGCUACAAUCUGCGCCCGGCAAUGUACAACCGACACACUGAAUUGCUCAUUGCUAUUACAUACUACAACGAAGACAAGGUACUUACCGCGCGUACUCUCCACGGUGUCAUGCAGAACAUCCGCGACAUCGUCAACCUGAAGAAGUCCGAGUUCUGGAACAAGGGCGGCCCAGCCUGGCAGAAGAUUGUCGUCUGCCUCGUUUUCGAUGGUAUCGACCCCUGUGACAAGGGCACCCUCGAUCUCCUGGCAACCGUCGGUAUCUACCAGGACGGUGUCAUGAAGAGGGACAUUGACGGCAAGGAGACCACUGCGCACAUUUUCGAGUACACUACUCAAUUGUCGGUCACGCCAAACCAGCAGCUCAUUCGCCCCCACGACGACAGCGCCAGCACCCUACCGCCCGUGCAGAUGAUGUUCUGUCUCAAGCAGAAGAACAGCAAGAAGAUCAACUCGCAUCGUUGGCUCUUCACGGCUUUCGGUCGCAUUCUCAACCCUGAGGUCUGCAUUCUGCUCGAUGCUGGUACCAAGCCCGGUCCUAAGUCAUUGCUUGCCCUCUGGGAGGCUUUCUACAACGACAAGGAUCUCGGUGGUGCUUGUGGUGAGAUUCACGCUAUGCUGGGAAAGGGCUGGAAGAACCUGCUCAACCCGCUCAUUGCGGCCCAGAACUUCGAGUACAAGAUCAGUAACAUUCUCGACAAGCCGCUGGAAUCGUCUUUUGGGUACGUUUCUGUGUUGCCUGGUGCUUUCUCCGCCUACCGUUACCGCGCCAUCAUGGGCAGGCCGCUCGAGCAGUACUUCCACGGUGACCACACGCUCGCAAAGAUUCUCGGAAAGAAGGGUAUCGAGGGCAUGAACAUUUUCAAGAAGAACAUGUUCUUGGCCGAAGAUCGUAUUCUUUGUUUCGAGUUGGUCGCCAAGGCUGGCUCCAAGUGGCAUCUGACCUACGUCAAGUCCUCCAAGGGUGAGACGGAUGUGCCCGAAGGUGCUGCUGAGUUCAUUGGUCAACGUCGUCGUUGGCUCAACGGUUCUUUCGCUGCCGGUAUCUACUCGCUGAUGCACUUUGGUCGUAUGUACAAGUCUGGCCACAACAUCAUCCGCAUGUUCUUUUUCCACAUUCAGAUGUUGUACAACGUCUUCCAAACAAUCCUCUCCUGGUUUUCUCUGGCUUCGUUCUGGCUCACCACCUCGAUUAUUAUGUCCCUGGUCGGCACUUCUGAGCCUAAAGCCAACCCACCAAAGGUCGCCUGGCCUUUCGGUGAUUCCGUCACUCCCACCUUCAACACUGUCGUCCAAUACGUCUACCUCGCAUUCCUGGGUCUGCAGUUCGUUCUUGCGCUCGGUAACCGUCCUAAGGGUUCCAGGUGGUCCUACAUGACAUCCUUCGUGGUGUUCGGUCUCAUCCAGUUCUACAUUGUUGUCCUGUCCAUCUACCUCGUCGUCAUCGCCUUCACAAACCCAAAGUCCCGCGGUAUCGAGCUCGACUCCGCCAAGUCCUUCUUCGAUUCGUUCACGGAUAAGGCUGGUGUCGGUAUUAUUAUCCUUGCUCUUGCCUCGACUUUCGGUCUCUACUAUGUGGCGUCGUUCCUGUACAUGGACCCGUGGCACAUGUUCACUUCGUUCCCCCAGUAUCUCCUCAUCAUGUCUUCCUACGUCAACAUCCUCAACGUAUACGCCUUCUCCAACUGGCACGAUGUUUCCUGGGGAACCAAGGGUUCCGACAAGGCCGAUGCCUUGCCAUCAGCCAAGACCGAAAAGGCCGCGGACGGAAAGCACACGGUCAUCGAAGAGCCGGAUCUGCCUCAAGCCGAUAUCGACAGCCAGUUCGAGGCUACUGUCAAGCGUGCUCUUGCUCCCUACGUUCCUCCGGUUGAAUCCAACGAGAAGACUCUUGAGGAUUCGUACAAGUCUUUCCGUACCCACUUGACCACCGCCUGGAUCGGCAUGAACGCUCUACUCGCCGUCGCUGUCCAGCAGGACAACAUGAGCAACUUUGGUUUCACUUCGUCUGCCAACGACCGUACUGCCACUUUCUUCAACUUCCUCCUGAUCGCGACUGCCAUCCUCGCCCUGGUCCGUUUCCUCGGUUGUCUCUGGUUCUUGGGUCGCAGCGGUCUCUUCUUCUGCGUCCGUAGGAGAUAG